ACGGACUUUAUUAGUCGCACAUAACAUAGUCAAUUACUCGAUUUGUCACACGUAUGCCGCUCAUAGGAAAUUAUGUCUACAAACUAUUAAACCAUUAGAAAUAGACAUCAAUUUGCAUUACUCCAUAGAAUGCAACACGAGGUUCAUGAUUUUCGUUGUUAAAUUAUAAUAAAUGGCAUUAGCUAUGACACUACAAUUGAUUCGUGCACCUUACCUUUUCAAAUAAAAUAAAAAAUAAAUAGAUAAAUAAAUUUUCCUUCCAAGUUGCAACUACACACAUAAUUAUAAUUAUUAAUUUCCCCUCAAAAAUUAUAAAAAUCUAAUUAAUACAAUUGUGUCAAUAAGAAUCAUGCGUAAAUCGUAUCCUAUAAAUCUUGAGGAUAUUGGCAAAAUAGAGAAGGCAUAUCAAUAAUUCAUUUUCGAAACAGUUGUAGAGAGAGAAAGAGAAGAAAUUGUUAUACACAUAAAUUAUCAAUUAGUGAUCAAUAAUGGAGUCACUACUACAUGAUUCUAAGAAAACAUUAGUCACCAUUAAUGGUAUAAUGAAGGAUCACAACUCUUCCUCAGAAAAUAAUAACGUUGUAAUUAAUCUUGACCAUGGUGACCCUAAAAUGUUCUACUCAUACUGGAAAAAGGUGGACAACGAAUGCUCGGUAACAAUAAAAGCAUCAGACUUGAUAAGCUACUUUGUGAACCCAAAAGAGGCUGAUUUUUUCUACCAGAUGCCGGGGUUUAACGACGCUAUUCGAAGGGUGCAUCGAGUGAUCGGAAAUGCAGUGGCCGAGGACCGGUACAUAAUCGGAGGAACAGGAUCAUCGCAGCUAUUCAUCACCGCGCUACGUGCCUUGGCGUUGUCUAUUAAGGAGACUAAUAGUAACGGAGGAAAGCGUAUACCCGUUGUUUGUGCUGAGCCCUAUUACUCGUACUAUGGAGAGGCAAUAGAGCAAGAGAGAUCAAAGUUAUUUGAAUGGCAAGGAGAUGCCAACACCUUCCAAGAGAAAUCGGGUCCGUACGUUGAAGUGGUAACAUCUCCGAAUAACCCCGAUGGCACGAUUCGAACACCGGUGGUGAACAGGGAAGAAGGAGUGGUGAUAUAUGACCUUGCUUAUUAUUGGCCACACUACACACCUAUAACUUCUCCAGCUGAUUAUGAUGUUAUGCUGUUUACUAUGUCUAAGACUUCUGGGCAUGCUGGAUCUAGAGUAGGGGUAACCACUUAUUAUAGGUGGGCCAUCAUAAGGGAUCAAGAUACUGCAAAAAAGAUGAAGAAGCAAAUAUUGUUGACUAGCAUUAGAAGUAGUCAUGAAGGGCAACUUCGAGCAACAAAGAUCUUAAAUUUCAUAGCUGAUAAAUAUGAACAUGAUCCUUAUUAUAUGGUUGAGAAGCCUUCCAAGGUGCCUAAAUUGUUCGAAGUUGAAGGGUUGUUCGAAUAUGGCCACCGCGUAUUAGGGCAACGCUGGGAGAAGCUUAGAGCUGUUGUUGUCCAACACACUCCGCGUAUUCGCCUCCCAGACUUUUCUCCAAGCUUCUGUAAUUUCAUGGGAAAGCUCACUUCUCCCACUCCAGCAUUUGCAUGGGUGGAAUUUGAAAGUGGUGAAGAUGCAGAAGAAGUAAUGAGGAAGCUGAAAUUCCAAGGAAGGAAUGGCUCACGGUUCGGAAUCAACGUCUCUCGACGAUAUAUUAGAGCUAACAUGAUGGGAGAUGACUCUUCUUUCAACCUCUUCUUAGAAAGGCUCUCAUCUCUAAGAAUUGUGGACUAAAAAAUAUAUUUUUGCUUGAUUUUUUUUUUUUUUUUAAAAAAUACAUGUUUGUUAGACAUAUUAUAUAUUCUUCAUAUUCCUUUCAUUAUUAUUUUUUUUUAAGCCUCAUUCUUUUUUAUUUGUAAUUUGUAAUUCAUUGCAAUAGUAAAUCUGCCAAAAAUAAUAAUAAUAAUGAGCUCUCAAAACUCAAGGGCUCACCGAUUCUCAAAAUGGACGGUAUACUCAUUUAACGAUGGUGUUUGGCUUAAUGAGAGUCUUUUAUCGCUCUUGGAUGUAAUUUCUUCUGAUUUUUCUAUUAUGAAUUAAAAGCCUUUGUACUUGUUUUCGUUUUUUAUAUAAAAGAAAGAACUCAAAUUAUUUUAGCUUGGCUAGAUUAGUUGCUGAGUUUCUUCAGAAUUUCAACUAUUGUUUUCAUUUAUUCGUGCUUUGUCAUAAGUAGUUUGUUUUUUAAGUGUUGUAGGUGUCGUACGUUCAAAGCGCGCCUAACUAGCUGUGAAUAUGAUUGACACUCGUAGGAAGUGGGAAUUGACAUAUACGAUUAGGGAUAAAACAAAGUAGGGAGUCGUUAACAAGUUUUAAGGCAAUCACGAACUAGGGAUAACGAUAGGCAAUAAUGAUUGACCCGUGAAAGGUACACACAAAUCAUAAUCCAUGAGAUUAUUAACUCCAUAUGGUUCGGAACCACGAAAAAGGAUCGGAGAUGAUGGUACGAAGUGAGUCAUGGAAUCACAUUCGCCCAU